GUACCGACUACCGAGGAACUUAGGUCGUUGCUACACUAGAGUUUAUUACUUGCACGGCCAUAUUUAUCGUGGCAAAUUCUACCUUCUGCAUCUGCACCUUGAUGCAACUGAUUGAAACCCGACAAUAUUUUCACUGUUUUUUACAGUAAACUAUCGCCUAUAUAGUACAAGCUCGCGUAAUGAACCAUUUUCUCAUCGCACGCUGCGUUGCUAUCUCUUUCCGGCCAUGGCGUCGAAGCGAGCAAACUCUGGCGCCGAGCAGCAGAGGCUGUCGCCGUCUGGCCUUCCGAUCCUCACGAUCCCGGGAGGCUACGGCGUCCCGUUCUUCUCGCCGCUGCGCGACCGCCUGGACUACUACUACUUCCAGGGCGCGGAGGAGUUCUUCCGCAGCCGCAUCACCCGCCACGGCGGCGCCACCGUGCUGCGCGUCAACAUGCCUCCGGGUCCCUUCCUCUCCGGCGACUCCCGCGUCGUCGCCGUACUCGACGCGCGCAGCUUCCGCGUCCUGCUCGACGACGCCAGGGUCGACAAGGCCGACACGCUCGAUGGCACCUUCAUGCCGUCGCUCGCGCUCUUCGGCGGCUACCGCCCGCUCGCCUUCCUCGACGCCGGCGACCCCCGCCACACCGCGCUCAAGCGCGUCAUGAUCCGCCUCGCCGCCGCGCGGAUGCACCACGUCGCGCCAGCGUUCGGGGCCGCCUUCGCAGCCACGUUCGACGCUGUCGAGGCCGACCUCGAGACCUCCGGCCCCGUUGAGUUCAACAAGCACAACAUGCGCCACAUGCUCGAUUUCACCUGCGCCGCGCUUUUCGGCGGCACGCUGCCGAGCAAGGCCAUGGGUGACGCAGCCGCGGCGAAGGCUUACAAGUGGCUCGUAUUCCAGCUCCACCCGCUCGCGAGCAAGGCCAUCAAGCCAUGGCUGCUCGAGGACCUGCUCCUCCACACCUUCCGCCUCCCUCCGUUCCUUGUGCGCCGCGACUACGCCGACCUCACGGCCUAUUUCGCCAAUGUUGCCGCCGGCGUCCUCGACGAGGCCGAGAAGACCGACCCUGGCGCCAUUCCGCGCGAAGAGCUCCUCCACAAUCUCAUCUUCCUAGCAAUCUUCAACGCCUACGGCGGCUUUAAGAUCUUCCUGCCGCACCUCGUCAAGUGGCUCGCCCGCGGAGGCCCGGAGCUGCACGCCAGGCUAGCCGAUGAGGUCCGCGCUGUGGUCCCUGUGGGCACAGACGAGUUCGUCACCCUAUCUGCCGUGGAGAAGAUGCCGCUGGUGAAGUCGGUUGUCUGGGAGGCGCUGCGCAUGAACCCGCCUGUGGAGUUCCAGUACGGCCGCGCGCGCCAGGACCUAGUCGUGGAGAGCCACGACGCCGCGUACGAGGUCAAGAAGGGCGAGAUGCUGUUCGGGUACCAGCCGCUCGCGACGCGCGACGAGCGCGUGAUCCAGCGCGGCCGCGAGUUCGUCCCCGACCGGUUCGCCGUCGCCACCGAGGGCGAGCGGCGGCGGCUUCUGGAGCACGUGGUCUGGUCUAACGGGCCGGAGAGCGGCGCGGCCGCGGAGGGGGACAAGCAGUGCCCGGGAAAGGACAUGGUGGUGGCGGUGGGGCGGCUGAUGGUGGCGGAGCUGUUCCGGCGGUACGACACGUUCCAGGCCGGCGUCGAGGAGAAUCCGGUGGAGCCGGUGGUCACGUUCACGUCGCUGACGAGGGCUGCCGCGGGCCAUGGCACUGGCAGCGUCAAGCCGUGACGCUAGCUAGCAUCAUUGAGCGUGUUUGUUACUUUGUUGUGGUGUCGAACUUGCAUGGUGCGCGUCAGUCGCAUGAGUCGCUGAUUUGGCGAGUGUCAGGGGUUGGGCUUGUGAUUAUUUGGAUUUGGGAGGGUGUUUUCGUCAAAAUUUGAAUAAUGUAGUAUUACUUAUAAUUUGAACUGAAUAAAUUCCAAAUUGCCCCAGGGCCUAUGGUGAUA